AUGUAUUCUAACUACUUACACUUUGUACGUUCUUCUUUCUAUGUAGAGUGGUCAAGUGGAGCCGAAUGUAAGUGUACACAAGCUCGUUUCCCUAUCGAAACAGGAGCCGAAUGUAAGUGUACACAAGCUCGUUUCCCUAUCGAAACAGGAGCCGAAUGUAAGUGUACACAAGCUCGUUCCUCUAUUGAAAUAGGAGCCGAAUGUAAGUGUACACAAGCUCGUUCCUCUAUUGAAACAGGAGCCGAAUGUAAGUGUACACAAGCUCGUUUCCCUAUCGAAACAGGAGCCGAAUGUAAGUGUACACAAGCUCGUUUCCCUAUCGAAACAGGAGCCGAAUGUAAGUGUACACAAGCUCGUUUCCCUAUCGAAACAGGAGCCGAAUGUAAGGUACACAAGCUCGUUUCCCUAUCGAAACAGGGAGCCGAAUGUAAGUGUACACAAGCUCGUUUCCCUAUCGAAACAGGAGCCGAAUGUAGUGUACACAAGCUCGUUUCCCCUAUCGAAACAGGAGCCGAAUGUGUACACAAGCUCGUUUCCCUAUCGAAACAGGAGCCGAAUGGGUGUACACAAGCUCGUUUCCCUAUCGAAACAGGAGCCGAAUGUAAGUGUACACAAGCUCGUUUCCCUAUCGAAACAGGAGCCGAAUGUAAGUGUACACAAGCUCGUUUCCCUAUCGAAACAGGAGCCGAAUGUAAGUGUACACAAGCUCGUUUCCCUAUCGAAACAGGAGCCGAAUGUAAGGAGCCGAAUGUAAGUGUACAAGCUCGUUUCCCUAUCGAAACAGGAGCCGAAUGUAAGUGUACACAAGCUCGUUUCCCUAUCGAAACAGGAGCCGAAUGUGGGUGUACACAAGCUCGUUCCCUAUCGAAACAGGAGCCGAAUGUAAGUGUACACAAGCUCGUUUCGCUAUCGAAACAGGAGCCGAAAGGUACACAAGCUCGUUUCCCUAUCGAAACAGGAGCCGAAUGUAAGUAUCAAAAGGCCAGAUACACAAGCUCGUUUCCUAUCGAAACAGGAGCCGAAUGUAAGUGUACACAAGCUCGUUUCCCAUCGAAACAGGAGCCGAAUGUAAGGUACACAAGCUCGUUCCCUAUCGAAACAGGAGCCGAAUGUAAGUGUACACAAGCUCGUUUCCCUAUCGAAACAGGGGAGCCGAAUGUAAGGGUACACAAGCUCGUUUCCCUAUCGAAACAGGAGCCGAAUGUAAGUGUACACAAGCUCGUUUCCCAUCGAAACAGGAGCCGAAUGUACUGGCUCGUUUCCCUAUCGAAACAGGAGCCGAAUCGUACACAAGCUCGUUUCCCUAUCGAAACAGGAGCCGAAUGUGGGUAUUACAAGCUCGUUUCGCUAUCGAAACAGGAGCCGAAUGUAAGUGUACACAAGCUCGUUUCCCUAUCGAAACAGGAGCCGAAUGAGCCGAAUGUAAGUGUACACAAGCUCGUUUCUGCAUCGAAACAGGAGCCGAAUGGGUGGACACAAGCUCGUUCCCCUAUCGAAACAGGAGCCGAAUGUAAGUGUACACAAGCUCGUUCCUCUAUCGAAAUAGGAGCCGAAUGUAAGUGUACACAAGCUCGUUCCCCUAUCGAAACAGGAGCCGAAUGUAAGUGUACACAAGCUCGUUCCCCUAUCGAAACAGGAGCCGAAUGUAAGUGUACACAAGCUCGUUCCCCUAUCGAAACAGGAGCCGAAUGUAAGUGUACACAAGCUCGUUCCCCUAUCGAAACAGGAGCCGAAUGGGGUAUUCCACAAGCUCGUUCCCCUAUCGAAACAGGAGCCGAAUGUAAGUUUCCCUAUGUACACAAGCUCGUUCCCUAUCGAAACAGGAGCCGAAUGAGCCGAAAUGUACACAAGCUCGUUUCUAUCGAAACAGGGAGCCGAAAUGGUGUACACAAGCUCGUUUCCCUAUCGAAACAGGAGCCGAAUGACACAAGCUCGUUUCCUAUCGAAACAGGAGCCGAAUGUAAGUGUACACAAGCUCGUUUCCCUAUCGAAACAGGAGCCGAAUGUGGUGUACACAAGCUCGUUUCCCUAUCGAAACAGGAGCCGAAUGUAAGUGUACAAGCUCGUUUCCCUAUCGAAACAGGAGCCGAAUGUAAGUGUAUUGAACAGGAGCUCGUUUCAAGCCGUUUAUCGAAACAGGAGCCGAAUCUAAGUGUACACAAGCUCGUUUCCCUAUCGAAACAGGAGCCGAACGUAAGGGUACGCAAGUUCGUUUCCCUAUCGAAACAGGAGCCGAAUGUAAGUGUACACAAGCUCGUUUCCCUAUCGAAACAGGAGCCGAAUGGAGCCGAAUCGAAUGUACACAAGCUCGUUUCCCUAUCGAAACAGGAGCCGAACGUAGCUCGUUUCUAUCGGGUACGCAAGUUCGUUUCCCUAUCGAAACAGGAGCCGAACGUGGCACGCAAGUUCGUUUCGCUAUCGAAACAGGAGCCGAAUGUAAGGGUACACAAGCUCGUUUCCCCUAUCGAAACAGGAGCCGAAUGUAAGUGUACACAAGCUCGUUUCCUAUCGAAACAGGGAGCCGAAUGUAAGGUGUACACAAGCUCGUUUCCCUAUCGAAACAGGAGCCGAAUCUAUGUACACAAGCUCGUUUCCCUAUCGAAACAGGAGCCGAAUCGAGCCGAACGUAAGGGUACGCAAGUUCGUUUCCCUAUCGAAACAGGAGCCGAACGUAAGGGUACUAUCGAAACAGGAGUUCGUUCGUUUGCUAUCGAAACAGGAGCUGAAUGUGGGGUACACAAGCUCGUUUCCCUAUCGAAACAGGAGCCGAAUGUUUCCUAUCGAUGGUACACAAGCUCGUUUCCCCAUCGAAACAGGAGCCGAAUCGAAACAGGAGAGCCGAACGUAAGUGUACGCGUUCGUUUCGCUAUCGAAACAGGAGCCGAACGUAAGUCGAAACAGGAGCCGAACUUUUCUUCUUGUUCAAUUUGCUUUUCUUUACCCAAUAUUAGACCAAUAUUCCUCAGACCAAUAUUCCUUAGACCAACCAGUAUUCUUGGCCCAAUAUUCGUUAGACCAAUAUUCAUUAGACCAAUAUUCCUUAGACCAGUAUUUUUCGACCAAUAUUCCUUAGACCAAUAUUCUUAG